AGUCAGCAUUUCUUGGGCUUUAGACACAGACAAACCAAAAGGGAACUUAGGUAUGGUCCAGGUGGGUGUUCGUGAGAUAAGAGGGGUUAGUUGUGUCCUCAUCAGCUGUUGGCGUUUAACCAAAAUAAAACAGAGGGCUCCGUUUCUAAAGUUAGAUUCAGGAAUGAGUACGCCGCUGUGUGCGGUUCUCUGCGACCCGCUCGUGGAGUUUAAACUGCGCGCGCCGCGGGGAAUUUAAAUAUUUUGUCGGUUGGUGGAGAAUCUGCGGAUGGGAUUUACGAUCUGACUCCUAUCGAGCCAAAUAGGCUGCAGGCUUCUCACCCGCACUCCUGCAUGGGGUCUCCAUCUUUUUGAGGUUGAAUAAUCUGGAUUGGAGGGGUUGCAGUCAUGCUAACCAAUCUGUUCACUCUGCUCCGACACUUCACUGAAAGUAAUUUCCAGUGCUCUGCGAUGUUUGAAGGAGACAGUUUGGAGACAGAAGGAGUGAAAACAGAGAGCAGUCUGGCCUCGUCCAUCUCCGCCUGCAAAAAGGUACUGUGUAGUAACAGUGUGUUGGACUCGUCGGAGUACUGGCUGAAGAACGAUAAAGCACUCUGCAGGGUUGGCUUCCUCGAGGACCAACACGAGGGGGGCUGCACUAUCUGUUUCGUGAGUUUGGAUGCAUCUGACCGGAAUGACAGCAGCUGCCUCAAGAAGUUGGCGUCAGUGUCUCCGGAUUUGCCUCGACUGGUGGAGUGUGUGGGCAUGCGGCCGCUUAAAGAGCAGGAAAUCCUGCUGCUGACCGGUCUGGAGUCACCUGACACCUGCCAGCAUGACCCGGCCCACACACAGAGUCAGAGGACUGCUGAUGUGUGUAUGGUACAGAGUUCAGGGGCACGACACCCUACCCCAAACAACAUCAUACUUCAGAUCAACAAGUUCCUGAUUGGUCUACAGUCUGGCCAAGAGAAGCAGCGGCAUAACCGAUUGGCUGGACAGCGCAUCACAGACGAUGAUACAAACCGCUCAGUUUCUUCCAUAGAAGAGGAUUUUCUGACCGCUUCUGAGCAGCUUGGGGAGGACAGCGAAGAUGACCCAUUCAGAAAUGAUGCAGAUGGUGGUGUUUCUACAGAGGCUGUAGGUUUGCUGAGGUCAGGAAAUGUUCAAAUAAAAAGUAUGAUGGACAGGGAGGACAGCGAAGACUCAGAUACCCUCUGUUCCUCCUCUAAGUCACAUAAACUCUCUAGAGCAUGUUCUGCACCAAUCAGAGGCAGCAGUGCUGCCAAACACAUCAGCCGUCGCACCAAGGAGUCGGCUGGGCAUUAUGCCACUAACCUCGCCGAGUCCGUACUGCAGGACGCAUUUAUCCACCUCUCCCAGGACGAGCCGUCUUUUGUCCCAGAAGCUGCAGUUAGCAUCUCCAGUUCUCCGCACAAAGCAACUUGUGUGAGCCGUCAUAUGGACGAGCCAGCAAGGGCGAGGACUCGAUCUUUUGAACUGCCAAAAAUUGUGAUUGUGCAAAGUCCUGAUAACUGCGAUGAAGCAGCUGAGUGGCCUGGGAUGCAGCCCGAACAUCAGGGAGUGAACAAGAGCACAGUGGAGCCAGUAGCCCAAUCACACACUCAUCACUCACAUGGCUCCCCAAAACGACACUCAGCUAAGCCAGUGGAAGUAGCGCUGGCAUGUGCUGCCAGCGUCAUUGGCACAAUCAGCACCCCACAGGUCACAGAGAGGCUCACACUUGAAUCAGGAGAAGAGGACGAAGUUGAUGAAGAAGAAGAAAGUGAGACUGAACAAGCCGACUAUUCAUUUUCUUCUGCUGUCUGUGGCAUGGCACAGGUGGCCGGAGCUGUAGCAGUGGUGGAUCUAGCAGAAGAUUCGGGUGAUAACGAAGACUCAGGUGAAUUGUUCUCUGCAUCUAUGGGGCUCCUUUCUGCAGCCCAGGCCUCUACAGCAAUUCCACUGCACUGCAGUGUAGCAGAAGGUACUUGUGUGGAAACCUUCAGGGCCAAUGUGGCUGAGGUCCUCCUCAGAGAGGCUUCUGCAGUGUUGACCCACAAACAGAGCUACACCAGCAUAGCAAACUUUCUGGAGACCACACACAACAAGAUUGUAGAUGGCAUCACACGCCCAAGAAGGUCAUACCAGGAACACCUGGAAGCAGAUGACUUUACCCAGGAGGUGGUGGACAGUGUGUUUAAAUAUGCCCUGGAGAAAGCUGGGAAAAGGAAAGAUCUUGAAGAGAAGGAUGUCCUCAGCAUGCAGCAUUUUCUCAUGGAGAGUGUGAACAGUUUGCUCUUUGAUGUCCUUUGUGUCACAUCGAGGAAAAUCAGUGACAUUUCAAAGUGUAAUCCCGGGUCAGCUGACAGAAGAGGGAGUGAAGCCUGCUCAAAAGAAUACGAGGCUGCAACCAAGCCUGAAAAAGAGGCAUUAAGCCAAUUACAGUGUUUGAAUUCAGUUGAGUCCAGUCACCCUGAUAAUCCCAGUAAGAUGCAGAGCUGUUCUCUUCCACCAAAGAGAGAAAGAGAGCAGAGGAGCAAUCAGGAAGAGAGAGAGAGUGAAUUAAACUUGAAUGGGAAGGAGCCCUACAGGCUUGCUCAGAGCAGAAUAAACACUGCCACGGUUAGAGAACCGGCUGGCUUGCAGAGCCAGCUGGGUAAAUGUGAUUGGAGCUAUGACUCCAGGCUUCCAUCGACUGAGAGCUCUCCUUUGCACAGCACUCGAGGCAAAGCUGGGAGAGAGGGAGAAAUCAGGCAGCAGUCCUACUCUUCUUCUACAGGAGCACUUUCAGUACCUAGGAUGGAGCAAGGCGAGUGCAAGACUCCAGUCACAUGCUUUGCUGAGGACUUGGCGACAACUGUGGUGUCCAUGGCCACUGAGCUGGCAGCUAUAUGCCUUGAGAAUUCGAGUGGCAAACAACCCUGGUUCUGUGCCCUCAAGGGUGCAUCUGAGGGACCAGAAGGGCUCCUUCUACCCUGUCGGACAGCUGCGGCUCUCCGUAGAAAAGAAACCCAGAAUGGUGCUGCAGUUGCCAAGAAGCACCGGCCGCCUCGGCUCAGUGAGAUCAAGCGCAAAACAGAAGAGCAGCCUGAGCUCAUGGAACGGUUGGUCAACAGAGUGGUUGAUGAGACGGUCAGUGUGGAUGACCCAACAUCCUCUGAUCCUUUUGCCCUUUUUGCUUCAGAGGUUACAGCCCGGAUCAUGAACUGUCCUGAGCUAAAUGUGGUGGACACAUCAAAGCAAGGCCAGCCAUCCCGCAGCCGGCUGCAAUGUGAGAGGUGGAGCAGUCGCGGAAAAGCUUCUAGCUAUGAAAGCAUCCCAGAGGAGGAUGCAGAUCCUUCCGGUGCACCAAACACUCUUGGGCUAGGCAACAGGCUGGGUCACAACCUGAGCCGUGGAAGCUCGAUCUCCAAGCAGUCCAGCUGUGAGAGCAUCACCGACGAGUUCUCUCGGUUCAUGGUGAACCAGAUGGAGACUGAAGGCCGUGAGUUUGACCUCCUUCUGGACUACUACGCUGGGAAGAAUGCCAGCAGCAUCCUGGCAGCAGCUGUUCAGCAGGCUGCAAGCAGAAAGAACGGUCACCUCAAUGUCCGGACAACGACUUGCCUGUCAAAGCAAUCCAGCACAGAGAGCAUUACUGAGGAGUUUUACCGCUUUAUGCUCAAAGAUAUGGACAAGGAGAACAAAGACUAUGGCAUCUCUAAGACCAAAGAGUGGAGCAAAAGCCUACUAACACCGACCCCUAGAUCGCCCUUUUGCAUCCGCCAGUCAUCUGUUCCGGACAGAAGAUCGUCUGACUCCAGGCUGACCGUAAACUCGCCCAUUAAGGCAAACUCAUUUGAUGGAUUUGCCCGAAAUGUUCACGCUGAUUUUCUUAACACCUACCCAUCCAACUCUGUUUCAUCCACCAGCCUGUGCAAGUCUGACUCUUGCUUGUAUCAGCGUGGUCAGACAGACCACAUCACAGACAUGCUCAUCCACGAAACAUGGUCAAGCUCAAUCGAGUCUCUGAUGCGUAAAAACAAGAUCAUAACAGAGCCUUCGGAGGACAGCAUGGAGCUGGACUCCACUGAUUCCCAGCCUCACGUUCAGCUCUUCGCCAACAGACUAGCCGCCGAUAUUGUAGAGAGCGGAAAGUCGUUAUUAGGAGGUCCACAAGAGGGGGGAACUUCUUGUCAUCUGAAGCGUGCUACAGUUGGAGAGAGGCGGCAGGGUUUCAGGCAGUCUCGGCCUGGAAGUGGUCAUAGCCGGGCAAGUACAGAACAGCAGGACAGUGGUGAAGGUCCCCACGGGUUUACGUGUGGGGGACCAACAAGACUAGCCCAGAGGGAAGUUCCUCUAAUCCAUAUUGAGCCGGAUCAAAGGGAUGAAGCUCGUGAAAGCACAGAGGGGGAACGUGGCUAUGGCAGGGAAUCACACAGCCAGGUCCAACCUCAGAGCAGCAGGGAAAAAGAAGGGGCAAACUGGAAAAGCAGUGACAGCAGGACCCCAACAGUGCCCUCUACAGUUGCGGAGGGGGAGUGCCGCUCUCUCAGCACUAGCAGUGAGGAAAGUGGCUCAGGCAGUUGGGCUCAGGUGGCCCCUGAAGAAGACCCCCAAGAGGAGACCACCAGUAGCUUUAUUCAGCUAAGCGAGGGAAAUGGCAACAGCAGCGCAUCCAGUCUUGGCGUGGCAGACCUGGAGGGCUUUCCAGAAUGUUCCGUCUCUGCUGGGCUAAUCAGUGAGGAGAGAGAGAGGAAGGCAGCACAGAGUCAGGAACAAGCAGAUGAAGUGACCUCAGGGUUGUCCACAGCGGGCAGUAGUUGUCAGAGGGAGCUGCUGGUGGUGAACGUUGAUGUGGGAGUGGACAGUGAGGAUGUGGAGCUGCGGGCGGCACUGCAGUGGAUCGCAGCCUCGGAGCUCGGCGUUCCGGCUCUCUACUUCAGAAAGACUCAGGAACACAGUCUGGCCAAGUUCCAGAGAGUGGUGCACCUGGCAGGCCAGAAGGCGUGGCGUGUGGGAGAUUUAUUCAGUUUAGUGGCUCAGUUCUGUCAGCUUCAGCAGGACCAGCAGGAUGCGGGUGGAGUAACACUGGGCCUGUUUGACUGGCUCCUCAAAACACAGCGCUGACAUACACACGUGCAAACACACACGCUCACUCACACACAAAACCUCUGCUGUCCCAUUCAGGUCUGCAGUUUACCACAGUUUAGUGAUUUUCCUGCUCCAGGUUUGAUCAGACCAACAAGGACUGUUUUGAACUAAAAUGCUUGAUUUCAGAGCAACAGUGUAAUCAAUGUUUUUACUGUAGAAAUGCUGAAAGAUUGAGAUAUUUCUGUAACUUGUUUUAAAUGUAGUUUAGUGAGUUUAUGUGAAGGGAAAUCCAGAUAGCUGUGGCAGCUCAUCUAAGAGAUCAGAUGCCCUGUCUAAGUGUGGGCAGGGGCUCUGAAGCUGUGGCUGUGUCCCAAACUGCACACUUCUGUACUAAACAGUUUGUAAAAGAGUGUAGUAGCAUCAGCAGCUCAUUCAUCAGUGUGUUAAGCAGUGCAGCAGUGUGUGGGUUUGGAGUGUCACUGUGAACGAAAAACAGAAUUUGUGUGAUUUUUUUGUUUUUUUAGUGUUAAGAGGAAAAUCACUACACUGUGACUGACUAAAGCUGGCCUCUGAGACAGAGAGGAGGAGGGUAUAUACAGUGCUUUCGGACAGACCUCUUCAGCUCAGAAAAAAAAAAUAUUAUAUUAAAAUUAUUAUAAAGCUGGGUUUACUGCAGAAACAUUUUCAUGGUUUACAGUCAUAAUUAGUAACUGUGACAACCCUAAUGUGUUGAUUUAAAGAACUAGUAUUUUUACAUUUUCAGUGAUGAAAAACUGGAUUUCUGAGUUGUAGUGUUGAGGACCGUCUGGACGCACUGUCAGGGCUCCUUUUUCCACAGUGUACUUUUUCAAUGUUUACCCCCCACCUCCUGCAUACACACUAAUUCGCUUCAUUACUGAACACUCUGUGUCAACUGAGAGUCCCGUCACUGCCCCUCUAGAGCUGACCAACUGCACCACACUGACUACAGCCUUAGUAUGCCAGACCUGCCAACCUGGUUUAAUUCCAACUCUCCACAUUACCCAAGACAUUAGCCCCUAUUAGAAUAUUAGUGCUGCAACUGAUCAUUAUUUCUAUUUAUUAGUGAUUUAAUGAAUAUUCUGCCUUCUUCAGUUUCUUUGCUGUAAAAUCUAUGCCAAUAAAAGCAUGAGACUCAUCUGAACAUUACAGAGUGACCCCUAACCUUCAUGUAAUGUACUACAGUCUAACAUUAUUAAAUAGUUGUUUUUUGCAGCACUAAUAUUACUACCAGCUACACUGCCAGUCAAACGGUUUAGGAACAUCAUAAAACAAGAUGCAUGCAAACAAAGCUGUAUACAGCUGUAAUGGCUAUAUAUGCUUGUGCAGGCCUGAAUAAACCUGUAUACACCUCUCCAUGUCUGCAUACAUCUUGACCUACAGUCACAAACGUGUAUAACCAGGUAGACACCUGAACACUGCUGUAUACACUAUUUUGUAAACACCUGAACCAAUUCAGAUACAUUGAAAACUCGUGUAAAUGCCUACACAUGCCUGUGUACACGUACACACCUGCAUAUACCGAUUAAGAUCCCCAUACCCCUGUACACAUCUAUAAAUACCCCCAUUACUCAUCUCCAUACACCUGUUUACACAGGUACACAUUCAUACACAUCUUCAUUAGGGGUGCAAUGACUACUCGACUGAAAUUGAUAACUAAAUAUCAUGGCAGUUUCUCUAACUCGGAAGGUUGAGCCGUAACAGUGUGGAAUACAGUCUAAAUAGUCGACUAUUCGAUUAAAUCAACAGAUUAUUUGGCUAGUGAAAGUAGUAGUAUGAAGUAGUCUUCAUACAGCAUCUCCAUACACCUAUCUACACAUCUAUAUGCCUGUAUACAUGUCUAUACACACACACACACACCCCGCUCAACAGACAGACAGGACCUCACCUCACAGCUGAAGCGUGACGGGAGGAUGUCUCCCUUUAACAGCCGCUAGUUUUACAGACUUCCUGCAUGGCCAGUCAAACCUACAUACAACACACAACCAAACAACUGAUCCAAGAAAAGAAAAGGGACAUUUACAGCCAUUUAGCCUUGUCGUUUUGUAGCCUGAAGAUUUCUACAGCAUGAUAAAUCACAUUUCAGAUGCACCGGAUGAAUUUUUAUCAAUAGAAGUAGAUCUGAACAUUAAUGUACAUGAAUGAAAUGAAUUUCACACUGAGUACACACUAACUUACUGUUAAUGUUUAUAAUGAUUCUGAGUAAAAACACCCCGAUCCACCCAGCACAGAGAGUAUUUAGCUAAAGUUUACUUUUGCAAACACUUACACUUGUUUCUAUUGUACCUUUAAGACUGAAUUCUGUGUCAAAGUUUCCUGUGUGAAAUUAAAGAAGAUUUAAAAGGCUUUAUUUUGGCUAGAUGUAAAUAGUCUAGAUAUUGAGCUACUGCACCUUUUGGGCUGCGAGAUGGAAGCCCCCGAUUUUGGUUUCAGCACUUACAGAGAGAUCUAUAGUACACACAGCAGAAAUACAUCUGGAGUACAGGUAGAUUGUGGUUAGAGUGUGUCUAAAAAGUACGGUAAAAAGUACAGUUUUUGUCGUAAAUAUGUCAAUGUGAAGUCCGAUGUGUAAAGGUUCCUCUGCAUAGUCUUGUAAUAAUAGUAAGUGUUUUAAUAUCAGCAUUGAAAGCACACAACCGUCCAAUCUGUGACUGUAUAACUGAAUGUAUUUAUCUUUUCAAGAAUCAAUAAAACAGAUGACGUAUGUUCA